GGCUGACUUUAGAUCCACAAGUGGUGAGAUUAUUGAAAUUUAUAUCACCCAAACUAUCCAAGAUUUAUUACCGUACAAAUAUUUAGUCAAUGUUCCAGAAAACCCCGAUCUUGAAAUUACAAAAAGCACUGAAAAAAUAAUUGACCAUAUAUCAUCUGAAGUGUUGAAAAGACUUCAGUGUAUGCAGAAUGUCACUGUGGAUAAUAUACCUGAUAGUGCGAAAGUAAAGAUUGCUAAAAAUACUCUACUACAAGAAUGUGGAUUGUCGCAACCUUGGUGUGUAACAAGAAGAUUACGUAAAGCACACACUAAAGCCUCCUGUCCCAUUCUAUUUCAGUUUGGUAGUACCACUGAAGCUAAUCAUCUCUUCAAUAGUCAGUCAUUACUGAGGUGUAUUCUAACAUUUAAAAAGAUUAGAAUCAUCCAUGACAGGACUGCUAUCCAACGUCGAAUCUUCAAUGGAACACAAACUAAUCAACCCAGCCUACGUAGCCGCGGCAGUUACUGCGUUUGUCACUGCACAAAUCCUAAAACACCAUACACUACCCCUCCCAAAAACGGAGGCACGUCGGAUGCUGCUAUUAGUCCUAAGAACAAGACUGCACAUAGAGCAGCUGCAAACACUCAGCUACCCCAAAAUGUUAAUCCACUUAUGCCUCAAUAGUGCCCCAGUAUUGCCCUAGCGGCCCCUAUAAGAAGCCUAAAAAUGAUCCCCCCAGGAAUUGCGCUAACAGCUACAGACGCUCAGACACCGCUGUGCGAAAUAAUACUAAACUCUCUGUAAAAACCCACCAGUACUCCAGCACCCGUAACUCAAAACAUGCACCUUUUCAUAGCAGUAGAAUGCCCUACAACAAACAUAGUGAACUGGAAGUACCCACUCAUCCUAACGUGAAACGACACUCGACAAGAACCACACCUACACGUGAUACCCGUAAGUCAUAUAAUGUGAACCUUGCAAGCUCCAUGAACCAGCACACAACAGAAACACCUCUCUCGGCAACAAUAUCAGACAAUCCUUCAUUCCUUACCAGAAACAUACCCCCAACUACCCAUAAUAGGACCAAGAUUGCCCACCGCACACAAAGAAGUUAUAACAUUGGCCUACUUGGGAACCCACCUACUGAUUCUAGAUACUAUCUAAGUCAAGCCACCCUAUACAACUCUUUGAUCCCCCUAAUUCGACAUAUACGUCGUUUGAUCCUUUUUUAUCUCUCCCCCCCUCAACAGUGCUGCUAUGGAGUCUCCAAAUGUUGAGAGCGACAGUCCCACUAUUCUGAGACCAUCUAUAUACUCCGACCUAAUAAGGAGUGACAUAUCUUUCUCAACGUCGAUAACUGUCUCUAGUCGUAAAAGCUCUUUGACUGAACCUCCUGAUCACUCCCCGAACACACUACCUAACCAUUCAACUCUACCUUUCACUCUUAAACUUACUUCUUUCACCAAACUAACCUCCAACUACCUUUCUCGCAUUAACCCUAUUGGUAAUAAACUAAACGCUCAUUAAUAUGGAGUCAACACUACCAAUUCUUUCUUUUCUCAUGGCAAAACAGACAAUCCACUGGGUUUACAACAUACCCUUCUACUAAACAAACACUCACCGUACCUGACACUUAUGUUAAUCAACACUCGAUCUGUACAAGGUAAGAUGACUCACCUACGCACCCUAUUACUUUUAAACAACCCCUCACUUAUUUUGAUGACGAAAAGUUGGCUGUCCUCCGACACCACAGACACAUAUCUACAAAUAGACACCUAUGAGCUCUUCCGCUGUGAUCGAGUCACCAAGAAGGGUGGUGGUUGUCUUGUUUAUGUAUCAGAAAGUUUGAGAGCGGAAAUCUGUAGUGACCAUGUCCUCAGCAAACUUUCUGAUUCGAUAUGGCUUACUGUGAACACUCGUGAAUGUAAAAUACUAAUCGGAUGCAUAUAUCGAGCUCCUAACACUCCUAGUUCAACUGACGCUAUUAUAAGUGAGCCAUUUGCUCAGGCUGCCUCGCUUGACUUCACUUACAAAAUUGUAUCUGGUGAUUUCAACCUUCCCACCAUCAACUGGACGACGCAUUCUGGCCCAUUGUGCUUUGAAAGCAUACUCUAGGUCCUUAGACAUACACGGUUGGCAACAACAUGUACACCUGCCUACACGAAAUCACAACAUUCUUGACUUGAUAUUCUGUCAUAAUGUCACACCAACAUCAAUGGUGGUUGGCGAAAAGUUUCACAACAGCGACCAUAAAAUAGUCCUCUGCACCCUUCCGAUUCUUGCCAUGUGCAACAAAUUAAAGACAAGUUUCCAAUAUAGAGACUAUGCAAACACUGACUGGGAAAACUUUCUAUUUCUAAUAAAGCACUCUGACUGGAGCAGUUUCUUUACCAGUGAUAACCUUUCAGAAACAUUAGAAAUACUCAAUACCACCACCGAAUCUGCACUAGACACUACUAUACCCUCUAAAAUUGCUUUAAAAACAAUUACUCCCUAUAUAAGCCAAAAGACUAGGUCUAAACUGCGAAAACUGAAAAGAACGUACUAUAUAUCAAAAGACUUCAGUGCCCUGCACCAGAUAUACUCUGUACUUGACGGAGUACAAAGUCAACACAACAAGCAUAAACAGGCAGAGGAACGUACUGAGCUCACUGAUGCAUCUAAAGCCCAAGUCUUAUGUCGUCUCCUCGCAAAACGCAUAAGAAAGAACGCAGAUCACAACAUUCACUCCUUACUGCACGAUGGAGUGACGCAUAAUGACUAAACCGUCAUAUGUGAACUAUUAAGUGAAUGGUUUUCCCAAAAUGGGAAUACAUCUCAUACUCCAGAUAUCAACAUAAAGUGCAUCAGCAAAAAUUAUCUUAGUACCAUAAACUUCGACAUUAGGAGUAUACAUACCGCCACUAAAACCCUUAAGCCAAGUGCGAGUUCUGGUGCCGAUGACAUCUCUUCAAUCCUUUAUAAAAUGUCAGGACCGGACAUACAGACGCUAUUACUCAAAAUAUACACAUUAUCUUUAGAGACAGGUACAUAUCCGGAAACCUGGAAGGUAACGUAUGUUCUUCCCGAACAGAAAUCCAGACCGAGAAACCUGGUCGAAAACUACAGAACCAUAAAUAUCACUCCAGUUAUAUCACGCAUAAUGGAAAAAGUGAUACAAAAUCAACUGUCUGAUCACCUACUUAAGGAAGAUCUAAUAGACCCGUCACAACACGGCUUCAUUAGAACAAUGUCGUGCAGUACAUGUCUGAUAGACUUCUUUAACCAGGUUACUCGCAUGUGUGACCAGAAGAAACUAGUGGCUAUACUAUAUUUCGAUAUUAAGAAAGCUUUUGAUAAAGUUCCUUAUAAUCUAAUCAACAGACUUAAGUCAGUUGGAAUUAUUAAUCCUCUUUGCAAUGGAUCAAGUCUUCUUACGAACAGAUAUCAAAUAACCAAGAUUAACUCUACAACAUCUACACCUCGACCAAUAUCUAGUGGUGUUGUGCAGGGUAGUGUCUUGGGUCGAUUGCUCUUUAUAAUCUACAUCAACAAUAUAUGCAAGUGCUUUAGCAAAGGUAAAACCUACCUCUAUGCCGAUGACUUAAAAGUCAUCUAUAAAACUGACAUUUGCGAUGUACGUGGUACUAUGUAAACAAUCCAACAUGAACUCAACAUGGUAAACGAAUGGUGCAAACGCUGGAGGUUAGAGCUUGACACAGAGAAAUGCGGCUGGUUAUGUAUAUGAGACACGUCUCUUAAAAUAAAACUAACACUUAACAACCACACACUGCCCAGACUGGCAUCAGUAACUGACCUAGAGGUACAUUACUCAUACAGUCUUAAUUUCUCUAAACACGUCUCAGCCAAAGCAUCUAAAAUGCGGAAAUUGCUUGGCUUCAUUCUCCGUAAUUUCUAUCAAAAUGAAUCUAAAAUCUUUCUUUAUAAAGUUUGUGUAAGACCUAUCGUUGAAUACUGCUCGUUCUUAUUUUCCAAUCUACGCCUACCUGAUAUACUGAAGGUGGAAGGAAAACAACGAGGCUUCACCCGCAGAAUACUUAAGACUGACUCAGACAUUGACUACAGUUCUCGAUGCCAAAUCUUAGGAAUAGUACCCCUUCGGGAGAGAAGGCUUAGGUUUAAUUUGAUUCCUUACUUUAAACUACUCAAAAGCUUUACUUAUUCAUCAUGUAAGAUAGUUCUUGCACGAGAUUCACAUGAACACGAACUCGAAACAAAGUAUCUACUGUCAAAGUUGAAUACAGAUCAAAAACUAGGGAAAACUUUUUCCUCAUCAAGCAUGCAAGAAUAUGGAACAGUCUUCCAUCCGAAAUACGCAUGGCAGAUGAAUUACAUACGUUUGUAAGACUGCUUGAUCAAGCCCUCACUUGCACUGAUCUAGGACGUACGAACACAUCUGCGCCCCACUAAGACAUCAUAGGCUCUCUCCAUGUCUAGACCAAAAUGGACUUCGAUAUCAGUUUGCCUUAUUUUUCCUAGUUUAUACUAUAGUCAAUUAAAGCACUGCAUCGAUGCCUUACCCACAGUCCAUACCUUGUAACUGCCUGAUCAACUUGUAAAGUGGUACUUAUAGAAAUAGUGUUUACCAACAAGAUGUGAAACGCAGGUUAUAGUGUGAGGUAUGACAUAUAUCCAAAAAGCUUAAAUGAGCCUAACAUCACAAAAGGAGGGAGGGUGGAGUUACUGACCAGCAAGCAUUGAUGAUGAGGGCGAUGACUUUAAUCCACCCGUGUUCGUGGGACAGAGCAUUUCGUACGUAUUAGGCUCUUCAUGAUUGAGAAAAAGUCAAUCAAUCCGUAAUAUAGAUUGUCUUCCUACGCUCACCACUCAGACUCAUGUUUCCAAUUUUAUGCUGGAUUAGCUAUUCUACGAAGCCAACCUAUAACAUGCUAACUCGGACUUUUACGCUAGGAUUGUGUGGCUGGCAUCGGAUGGACAAAAAAGAGAAAAAAACUGGACAAUAAAAGAUAAAGUCAUUAGUAUUCUUAACACUCCAGCGUCUAUAUGCACACUCCCUUCUAAUAAACCGCUUUCCUUUUACCAACCUUGACUUCCAUUCCUUCAUAAUCUUGCUAUGAGGGCACAGCUAUGGAACAUCUGACGUCUGGAACAAACCGUCUCUCCUCAAGGUCAUGGUUUACAGCGAGCGCUCUGCGAGUCUACUUUAUAACAACUAUAAACAUGAUUCAAAUAAUUCAAAAUGGUUCAAAUGGUUGUGGACGGAAUAGAAGAAGCUUUCGCUCAACAGGCUUCCGUGUCUAGUAGCAGGGGAUCACCAAAUCUUCCAGGCAGGAACCUAGGUAUGUUAACAAUAUUACAGGAAAAGAAAUUAUUAAUCAUAGUGCGAUACUAUCCUUAGUCCUUAAGAAUAGAUCAAGUUGCCUCUUAAAGGACUCCUGGGAAGUCGCUUGGAAUAACUCGGCCGGCAGCGAGUUCCAGCAUUUGACAACGGGAAUGUUGUGCACCAACAAAUGUUGUAAUUUAUAGAUCAAGCCUGUAAAAAUGCCGUGUACCUACACAUGCAGAAAUAUAUUGUUAUUAUUAUUAAUGUGUAGAAUAUUAAUCCAUACCUAGUACAUUGUCAUGAGAAAUCGGAUAAGUU